GCCGUGUAAAAGAGGAAGUGAAGAGGAGGAGUUUGAUCCUGAGAGCUGUGCGUGAGAGCCGGAGGAGUCAUGGACGUGCAAAAUUCCACCCGGAUCGUGGUUCUUGGGAAAACCGGCAAUGGGAAGAGUAGCCUGGCUAACACCAUUCUCGGAGAGGACGCUUUCCACAUCAGCCACGCCGCAGUUUCAGACCAGAACUUUUGUCGUGCAGAAUCCAGGAUUAUUCAAGGAAAACCAGUGACUUUAAUAGACACGCCGGGCUUUUUUGACACCUGUGCUUCUGAAGAAUUAUUUAAAAUGCAAUUAGCUCAAUGCUUCACACAAACUGCACCAGGGCCCCAUGCUAUUCUAAUUGUGCUCAAAGUAGAGAGGUACACCGCCCAGGAGCAAGACCUGCUCAAGAAAAUUAGCCAAUAUUUUUCAGAGGAAGCAUUUAAAUUCGCCAUAGUUGUAUUCACGCACGGUGAUCAGCUGGAGCCGAACCAGACCAUUGAAGAUUUUGUUCAACCGAAUCAGGCGCUUAGAAAUUUGGUCCAGAAAUGUGGAGGUAGAUGCCAUGUUGUUGAUAAUAAACACUGGAACAAACCUAGUGAGGAUAAGAUGAGAAGUAACGACUUUCAGGUUGCAAAAAUACUCGGUACAGUUGAUAGCAUCGUUAAGGCGAAUAACAAUGGCUACUACACAAAUGAUAUAUUCCAAAAAGUCAUGCAGGAGUUGGAGAGAGAGGAGGAAAGAAUCAGGCAAACUGCGACGACCGAAAUGUCCCAAACUGAAAUCAGAUCACAAGCCAGAAAUAGCAUUUACAAAUUGCUUUUGAUCAAGUUUGCAGGGGUAGCGACAGGGGCGCUAAUAGGGGCCUUCCUGGGGAUAGUGGAUAUGGUGAGGGCCACUAUAGAGAACUGGAAUGAUGGUGAUGGUUCGUCUGGAUUUUCAGGAAUGAUAGCGGUGUCUGCAGCCCAGAGAGGGGCAGUACAAGGGGGCAUAGCGGGCUACCAGGCGGCCCUUGAGGCAACCAGCGUGAACGAAGCAGUGGAGAGGACUUUUGAAAAUCUCACUAGAAAUAGGAGGCAAAGCUCAGUUGAAUGUGUUUCAGUUAAACGUCAAAGAGAAAACAGACUUUGUGGGACAGUUGAGGAAGUGAAUUUCAAUAUGGAUGGUGAGUGCAGGAUUGUCCUUCUGGGCAAAACAGGAUCAGGAAAAAGCAGCCUGGCCAACACAAUUCUUGGGGUUGAAGACUUGUUCACAGUUUCAGAUAAAUCAGUCUCUGAGACGUCGACUUGUCAAUCAGAAACUGGAAACAUCUACAACAAAACCAUCAAACUGGUGGACACCCCUGGAGUCUUUGACACCAACCCAAGAAGCAACGAUCUGAGCCCAGAGCUGCUGAGGUGUCUAUUAGAAUGUGCCCCUGGACCUCAUGCCUUUCUACUGGUGCUUAAAGUGGAGAGGUUCACCAAACAGGAGCAGGCUGUGGUGGAUCUGAUACUCAAGUACUUCUCUGAGGAGGCUCUGAAAUACACCACACUGGUCUUCACUAACGGUGACCAGCUAAAGAAGGGGGCUACCAUAAAGGAAUGGGCCAUAGAUAAUGAAGCCCUAAGCACCCUGAUUCAGAAAUGUGGAGGUCGCUGUCAUGUGUUUGACAAUAAACAGUGGAACAACAGCCAGGAUCCAUACAGGAACAACCAGCACCAGAUCAGAGAGCUGCUCAAAACCAUCGACCAAACUGUGCAGAAGAACGGAGGGACAUGCUACACCAAUGAGAUGUUAACAAUGAUUAAUGAGGAUAUACAAGAAGAGGUGAGAAAUAACUCUGCUUCAAGCAACUUAGCCCUGGCAGACAUUUGGCAAAGGGCCAAAGAGGUGGUGUACAACAAACUCAUGAGAAAUAUGGAGGGUGCUUUGACUGGGGUCGUUCUGGGGGCUCUUCUGGGAGUGACAGUGAUGGUGACUCUUGUAAUGAUGCGCUCUCCAGGCCUGCUGCAGUGUGUGGCUGCGGCUGUGACAGGAGCAGGGGUGGGGGGGUUUACAGGGGGACAGGUGGGGGCCUGGGUGUCCGAUAGGUGGAGCUCGCCCACAGAGAUGGUGCAAGACAGUGUGGUGUUCAUCAGAGAAGUGGAGACACUGAUGACACAGGCCAACAGCACUGCCAUUGCCGGACGUGCCUUAGUCCAUACAGUCACUGGAGGCAGUGCAGCCAGUGCAGUGACUGAAGUCAGUACAGCCAGUCCAUAA